AUGAAGCUCAUGAAGGGACGCAAGGCUCUCCAAGCCGGCGUCGAGUUUCUCCACGAGGGUAUGCACAGCUUCAAACUACGAUCUGGGACCAACUUCACCGUCUACGCAUCGCCAUACUAUCCAGCAUCUGGGGACGGCACCUUCCCGCAUAUGGCAUUCCGGUACGAGUCCAACCAAGAUCGUUUCAACCCACCAGAAAAGGCAACAAAGUACGCCGAGUCGAUUGCUACCACUCCCAUACCGGACUAUCCAAAAGUUGACAUAGUCAUGACACAUACACCACCACUUGGACAUCUUGACAAGGUCAAGAAUGGCGGCUAUCUUGGUUGUCGCAGCUUACAACGCGCCAUCGCGCGGGCGAGGCCAAGGUUGCAUUGUUUUGGCCACAUCCAUGAAGCGUACGGCGCGGAACGAGUCACCUGGAGCGGCUCGUUACCGGACUACGACGAUGAAGGAAGCAUACAUCAUCGACAGACCUUGGAGCCUUCUUUGGUGGGGUCCUGUCUCAAUGUGAGCCACACUGCUCAACACCCGUUGCGACAUGGUGCCGAAACGUUGCUAGUCAAUGCGGCAAUCAUGGACCAUGAGAAUGAGCCCGUUCACGCGCCAUGGAUCAUUGAUCUUGAACUUCCGAUAGCUAAAWGAAACAUCGGCCGGAAUUUGUUGCAGAUCUGUGGAGACCAUGGCUGGUCGUGUAUCUAG